ACACGGUAACGACCGCUCCUGCGCUCGUCCUCGUCCACGACCAGCACCACCACCACUAGUGGCGAGCCCGGCAGAAAACCGCUGUUCCAGCACGAAGAAAAAGCCCCCAUGGCCAAGCCGCCGGCGAUCCGCCGCCGCAUAGGAGGCGCCGGGCUGCUCCGGUGGGCGGCGCGGGUCGCGUCCAGCAUCGUGGUCUGGACGCUGCUCCUCCACCUCUGCGCAUUCCUCGGCAUUCCCCGCCCGCCGCUGCCCGUCGCGCGGCCCUCCUGCCUGGGCGGCCGAAACAACUCCACCGCGGCCUCCGCCGCAGCCGUGGUUGCCGCGGGGGAGGUCGAGCACCUUGCGCCUCCGGCUCUGCCUCGCAGGAGACUUUACAAGAGUAAUGGCUAUCUUCUGGUUUCAUGCAAUGGUGGUCUGAACCAAAUGCGAGCAGCGAUUUGCGACAUGGUAACUGUAGCACACUAUUUGAAUCUGACUAUGGUGACACCUGAACUUGAUAAGCAAUCCUUCUGGGCUGAUCCUAGUGAUUUUGGAGAUAUUUUUGAUGUAAAUCAUUUCAUCGAUUCUUUGAGAGAUGAAGUGAAGAUUAUCAAAGAACUCCCGCAGAAGUUCAGUGGAAAAAUUCCGCUCUCAAUGCAACCAAUCAGCUGGUCUAGUGAGAAAUACUACCUGAGGCAGAUCUUGCCUCUAGUACGAAAGCACAAGGUGGUACGCUUUAGCAAGACAGAUUCUCGCCUUGCAAACAAUGGCCUUCCUCUGAAGCUCCAAAAGCUUCGCUGCCAUGUUAACUACAAUGCGUUGAGAUUUACACCAUCCAUUGAGGCUCUAAGCAAUAAGAUGAUCUCAGCUCUUAGAAAAACUGGAUCAUUUGUUGUGCUUCAUCUGAGAUAUGAGAUGGAUAUGCUUGCCUUCUCUGGUUGUACACAUGGAUGUUCUGAUGAAGAAACAUCAGAGCUCACAAGGAUGAGGUAUGCAUAUCCCUGGUGGAAAGAAAAGGAAAUAGACUCCGAGAAGAAAAGGCUUGAGGGAUUGUGCCCCCUUACACCUGGAGAAACAACACUAGUACUGAAAGCUCUUGGUUUUCCAAGGGGCACUCAAAUAUAUAUUGCAUCAGGUGAAAUAUAUGGUGGUGAAAAAAGGUUAGCUGCACUGAAGAUGGAAUUUCCUAACAUGGUACGGAAGGAGAUGCUUCUAUCUGAUGAUGAGUUACACCCCUUUCAGAAACACUCAACUCAAAUGGCAGCAUUGGACUAUCUUGUUUCUGUCGCAAGUGAUGUUUUUAUCCCCAGUACUGAUGGAAACAUGGCUAAAGUUGUAGAAGGACACCGCAGGUUUACGGGCUUCCACAAAACCAUACAGUUGGAUAGGAAGAAACUUGUUGAGCUUAUAGAUCUAUUUGAAGAUCAGGAGCUGUCCUGGGAUGAAUUCUCUGUUGCUGUCAAGGAGCUCCAUGAGGGCCGAAUGAGCCAGCCCACCAGAAGGAGAGUUAUUCCCGGACAGCCGAAGGAAGAGGACUACUUCUAUGCUAAUCCUCAUGAAUGCCUCGGGCCUGCAAUAAAGCGAAGGGAAAGGUUGAAACAUAUUGAUUUGAAUAAUGCAGUGCCUGGUAGAAUGGUAGAGAUAGAAGGCCAAAGUGAAAAGUGGUAAUGCGGUGCAAUUUUAAUAAUCGGAUAAGCUGGCUGCAGCAAUGGUGAAACAACCUUGGGCUUCCUCAUGUAGCUGACUUCUGCUCGUAUUUUUUGCCGAUCCUCGCCCUCAUGAAGUGCAAUUGUGUAAGUUGUAACCCUACUCUUGUCUGGUGAAGCUGAUCAUUCUGCCACCAAUUGAAUCUUCUGGUUGAUGAUCCACACGGAGGCUCUAGAGAAGGUUUUGGCAUCCAGAAAGUUGACAGCGAUAUUGGUUCCUGGAUUCAGAUUUUGCUGAUCCUGAUUCAUUUUCCCCUGCUACUGAGGUUUAUUGAUUGUAUAGUCUAAUGAACUGGAAAUGUCUCCUACAAAAAAUGAACUGGGAAAUGACACGUAUUAAUCUGUAGAUGUCAUGCUCUAGUUCAUUUUCUGUUGUGGUUGAACUUGUUCAUGUAUAGAAACUAACUUACAACUCUUACAAUAGAAAACAAUGUAAAUGCAGUGAUGAAUCCUAGCAUUGGCCUAAUGUUGGUAGCGUGCCUUUCUGCCUUACAA